AUGCGCAGCACCCUCAGACACUAUACGCUGGAGCUGGUAAUAUGGCGGGAUAUUGUCGAGCUAGAUUUUGACCACAUCAUUGCCGAUUUCCUUGCUGACCACGCGUUCGUCGACAAUCUGAUUUCCACUAGCCGCAAGAACCUGGCCGAGAACUACGCACUGACUACAGAGUUCUUUGAUAAGCAGUGUGGACUGCCUAUUGCUGCCAGCACAAAGGCACAUCGUGCACUUGGCGCUCUACAGGCCACUGAAGUGGCCAAGCUGUGGACAAAGGAGACCGAUCUCACGGCAUGGGAACACAUCGUCCUAAACGAGCGCGUGUACUUCCCUACCGGGCAAGCAUUCUGCUCGACUGAGCCUGGAUGGUUCCGAUUCACGUUCGCCAUCACCAAAGAGCAACUUGUUCUUGCUCUUGAUCGCAUUGGCAACUCGUUCAAGCUGGACUAG